AUGAAAAAAUUUGUCUCUUUCAUUUUUCCGUCGUCUCGCCUAUCGUACAGGGCUAUCUAUGUACAGGGCAUCACGGGCAGCACGCGUCCCCGUCAUCCCAUGCUGAACGCGUGCCUCACCUCCCUCUCCUGGCGCAUCAUCGCGCUCACCUUCACCGGGUCCACCGCCGCGCCGCCGUUGACGUCCCACGCCGCGGCUUGCACGACGACGACCGACGCGUCCUCCCCGCCGUCCCCCCGCCGCGCCGCCAUUCCCGCCGCCGGUCGACGGUCCGUCUUCCCCCGCGCGCUCGCCUUCUUCCCCCGCGCGCUCGCCUUCUUCCCCUUCGUCGCGCGCGACUCGUCCUUCGCGCCGACGGGACGCGCGCCGCCGCCGCCGCCGCCCAAGGCGAGGAGUCCCCCGAAGAGCGACUUCGCCGCGCGUCCGAGCGUCGACGACCCUUUCCCCCCUCGCGCGGACCCCGGGACGUACGCCGGGUCCCGCGCCCGCCGGUGGUUCUCCGCGAACGCCUGCGCCGCCUCCGCGCACGCGGCGCCGACGAUGGACGCGACGACGAACAGAUCCAGCAGCGCCUUUCGUCGCCUGCGCUUCCACCGCGCCGCGAGCUCCUCCGCGGUGAGUCCGCCGGCGUUUGGCUUCGGCGCCGGGCUCGGCGCCGGCUUCUUCGUCUCGGGGUCCCUCUCCCUCUCGACGUCGUGCCUCGGCGCGGAGAGCGCGUCCUUUAUCGCCCGCCGCCGCGCCGUCGCCGCCGCGUCCGCGAGCUCGACGACCCUCCGCCGCGCUUUAUCCUUCUCCUCCAACGUCUUUUCCAUCUUCAGUCGCGCGCGCGUCGCGUCUCGCCCCGGCGCGCCAUCCUCUCGGAUCGCCGCGACGACCGCAUUCGUCGCGUCCGCCUCCUCGGCCGCGCGCGCGCCGACCGCGAACGACGCCUUCUCCGCGUGCAACGUCGCGCCCUCGCGCGUCGACCGCAGGUGGUUCGUGAAGACCCUCAGGUCGUCGAACAGCUCGUCCGCCUCGGGACCGGGACCGCGGAGCGCGUCCGCGGCGAAUCGGAGCUCCGACAGCGCGGCGUCGUCCGCGUCCUCCGCGUCCACGGCGCGCGCGUUCGCGUCGACGCGCGACGGCGACGCGGGCGUCAGCGACGACGCGCGCGACCGCCAUCGUCCGUCGUCGUCAUCGUCGUCGCGGAGGCGUCGCGACGCCGUCCCCGCGGCGUUCGCGCCGGGGGAUCGCCCGCCGCGCGCGCCGCGAGAUGUUGCCACCUCGUCGUCGCUGUCGUCGGCCAUCGCGAGGAGCCGUCGCAGCGCCGCGGCGGUGGGCUUGGAGUCGAACGCGGCGACGCGCUCCGCGUCGUCCUCGGACUCGGACGAGGAGGAGGAGUACACCAUCCUCGCGCGCGCGGCGGCGCGGUUCGCGCGUCGCGACCGGCGCGCGCGGCGACGGAGUGCCGAGAGCGACGCAUCGGUCACGGAAGGCGUCGGACGCGACGACGCGUGCGCGUGCGUUCCCCCCUCCACAUCUGAUGACUCAGACGCUCCGAGCUCGCCAUCGCGUCGUCACACCUCCCCGGCGCCGG